AUGUGGAGGAAUCUGCUGCUAACUGUGGUCAAUGUUAGAUGUCGGUGCAUCUGUAUGGCUCUCCAAACUACUGCCAACGAAUUCCUGAGUCAGGCAAAGCGUGGCCAUCGCUUUUCAUCGUGUGAGGGAGCCUUUGAUUGGGUCAAAUUCAUAGCUGGUAUAAGCUCUGAAUGCAUCGACGAUGGGCUGCUCUGUGCCUUUCUGUUCAUCUACCUACGGCUAGUCUAG